CUAUGGCGGAGUCUUGGGAGAUUUUGAGCAUUUUGAAUUUGCUGCGGUGCGAAGGAUUAAUCGCGGUUUCCUUGCAAACUCCAUUUUCUUCGAUCCUCUUUCUUCUCCUCACUUUUUCUGCAUUCUCAACACCCCAAGCUCACCUUUGUCACUCGAUUCCCCAUUCAUUCAUUCUGACUGAUUCUUCUUCGUGAUUACGGUUCUUGUGAUUCACUUCAAUUGGGCCUAACAGCUCUAUUGAGGUAUUCCCUUGAGAGGUGUGUUCGUAUUUUCUUUUUUUUCUUCCUUUUAACUCGCGAUUAAUAGUAAACUAUUGGAAAGUUCCGUUAUUUUCUCAAAACCAAAAGCUCACUUUUGUCAAUCAAUUCUCCAUACUUUCAUUUCCACCGCUUCGAGAUAUGACUUUAGAUGAUUGGCCACCAAGGUGGGAUGCGAAGGUACCAUUGCUUAAAUACGAGGGAUCAAGAUUUCAGCUCCUUCAUUUCAAGGAUCUCUCAAUGCUUCUGCAUACCUGGAUUAAGAGAGGAAGAUCGUCAUGUUCUUCCAAUGUGGUAACUACAACAAGCAACAAUAGGUAUACCUAGCCAUAUAUGAAUUCACUGAUUAUGCAGCCGUAUGGUGGGAGCAAGUAUAGCUCAAGAGAAGAAGGAAUCUGCAGCCGAGUGUGACAACUUGGACUAAAUUGAGAGGGCUCAUGAAAGACAGGUUCGUGCCAGGGUACUAUCAAAGAGAACUGUUUGAUUCUUUGCAGGGGGAUUCGGCAAGGAGCACGAUUUGUUGAAAAGUAUUUGCGGGAGCUUGAACUUCUCUUGAUGAGGCAGAUGUGAGGGAAGAUAAGAAAGCUACAAUUUUUGCGCUUCCUACAUGGCCUCAACAGAAAGAUUAGGCACGAAGUUGAACUUUGUCUGUUUGUGGAGCUGGAAGAAGUGGUUCACCUAGCCAUUAAGGUGGAGAAGCAGUUGAAGGUGAAUUCGGGGAGAAUGUACUCACCUUCACCCAAACAUGUUGCAAAGAGCAUUCCUGAGAUUAUUAUGAAUCACCCUAGGCAAGAAGGUGACAAACCAACUAUUAGAAACAUUGUCCUAGUCAUCCAAGCUAACAAUGAAGGAUCAACUAGAAGCAUCCAAUGCUUCGAGUGCUUGGGACGAAGUCACAAGGAAAACCAGUGUCCCAACAAGACAGCUCUAGUUAUGCGAGAUGGAGAAUACUAUUCAGACGAAGAGGAUGAAGAGAAGCCAAUAGGGGAGGAAAUCGAUUCUGAUGAUGAUGAAGUUGACAAGCACAUUACUAAUGAUAUUCCUCCAACGGGUAAGUUUCUUGGAGUUAAUCGUAGGGUGCUCUCCCUUGAAUCUCUAACUAAACAAGAACAACGAGAUAAUCUAUUUCAUACUCGCUGCCUAAUGGAUGGAAAUUUGUUUCAUGUGGUGAUCGAUGGUGGUAGUUGCACCAAUUUAGUUAGUCUUGAUGCAGUUAAGAAGCUAGGAUUGAGUACUAUUAAGCAUCCACAUCCUUACAACCUUUAUUGGUUGAACGACUAUGGAGCCAUCAAUGUCAAUAAGAAGGCCAAGGUUUUAUUUCAUAUUGGUGAUGCAUAUGAAGUCUGUUGAUGUUGCUCCAAUGCAGGUUAUUCAUCUCUUAUUGGGUCGUUCGUGACAAUCUGAUCGUGGAGUUACUCAAGACGGAAGGCGGAAUAGUUACUUGUUCACGCAAUGCGAUCGAAAGUUCCUGCUCAAACCAUUGACGCCAUAUGAGUUCCAAGAUGAUUAACGACUGAUGGAGCUGAAUUGGGCAAGAGAGAAAGGAAAUGCAAGUGGAUCGAAGUCGGAAAACGGAGGUGGAACUCAUGUUCUUGCUCGAAGGCACAUGUUGACUCCGCUAAGCAUAAUUCCAUUUGGGAAUUCUGUUGAUGUUGUCUCUUACAAGUACACUCCAUCUUUGAGGGCAAAGCUUUUCUAAAGGAGAUGGGCUGAUGCGAGCCUCCAUAGCCUCCAAAAUGACCCAAAUCAAAGCGGGAAGAAGGGCAUGCCAUGUGGGAGCAAGAAGGUGGACGGUGCCAAAAUGUCAUGGGUGAAUAUAAAAAUCCCCUCCCGGGAAUUUUUAACAGGGGCUAUUCCCCGGGGUAAAUCAUGUUUUUCUCGUCCGGGGAUUCAAAGAUCCAACGCGGGGAUCGGGAGUAUGACGAGUUAGUUUAAUUGUCGACUUAGGAUUUUUUUUCUUUUAUGUAUUUGGAUGAAUUUGGUUGUCCUAUGCUAUAUAAAGGCUUAAACACGAG